ACUAUUGUCCAUAUGAAAGUAUGUCAGAAUGUUACUAUCUUGAAAUGUAAGGUUCGACCUUCAUAUAGGACCACAUCUCCUAACCAUAAACCUUGGGUUGCUCUCAACUCUCUUGGUAAUAUUUUAACUGCUCACUGUGACUGUAUGGCUGGUCUUGGUGAAACGUGCUCACAUGUUGCUGCAAUGCUAUAUAAAAUUGAAGCUGCUGUUCGUAUUGGAAUGACAUCAAGCACAUCAACUGACUUGCCUUGUCAAUGGAACCAAACAUUUACGAAAAGUAUUGUUGGCUCCCCAGUUGCUCAAAUUAACUUAUAUUCUGAUGCUGCAAAAGAAAAACUUUCUAAAAAGAGUAAAAGAAAAAUGCCUAUUUCUCCAACACCUCAAGAAAAAAAUGAUUUUUUAUCAGAAAUACAAACUGUGCAGCCCAAAACUGCUGCUCUUCAUUUGUUUAAAGAUUAUGAUAAGGAGUUUAUUCAAAUAGAAUCUGCUGUCGUACCAAAAUUACCAACAUCUUUAAGAGAGUUUUUUAAUGAAAACUAUAAAUCACUUAAUAAUGAACAAAAGCUAUCUUAUCUUGAUGAGAAAAAAAAAGAAAUAAAUUUGACUUCUGAUAUGAUAGUUUAUGUUGGAGAAGCAAAACGACAUCAAUCGCUAUGUGAUACCUGGUUUAGAGUAAGAGUUGGUCAAAUAACUGGCUCCACUUUGCAUCAAGUUUUUAAUGCUAGAGUUGAAACACCUUCUGUGUCAUUAAUUUUAAAUAUUUGUGCACAGAAAAAUAUACAGAUAAAAAGUCCUGCAAUAAAGUGGGGAAGAGUAAAUGAAAUAAAUGCAUUGAUUUUAUAUAAACAGAUUCAUUCUGACUCAAAUGCAAUAAGUAACUCAAAACCACUGUCAGAUAUUUUUAUUCAUCAAAAUUUGAGAGUUGAAAAAAUUGGACUUUGUAUUGACUUUGAAAAACCAUGGUAUGCAGCAUCUCCUGAUGGUGCUGUUUAUUGUACUUGUUGUGGGCAUGGAGUUUUAGAAAUUAAAUGUCCUUUUAGUUUAAAAGACAAGUCAUUAAAAGAGCACAUAAUUAAAAAUGCUUUUUAUGUUGGUGUAAACGCGGAUGGAAACUACUUUUUAAAAAAAGAACACCAAUAUUUUUUCCAGGUUCAACUUGAAAUGAGAGUAACUGGAGUCAGUUACUGUGACUUCAUGGUGUGGACACCCAGUGAAUUUGUUGUAUUGCGCAUUGAGCCUGACACCACUUUCAUUGAGAAUGUAUUAAUUAAGUGUGAUAUCUUUUGGAAUACUUUUAUUUUGAGAGAGUUAGUUACACGAGAAAUCGAAUCAGAAAGAGAAUUGCUUUCCUCAACAUCAAAUAAUACUAUAAAUAAAGACAUACUUUUUUGCAGUUGUAAAUCUAAGUUUUCAAAGUGAUGAUACAAUGGUUGGUUGUGGUUCAUGUGAUAACUGGUUUCAUCUUAAAUGUUUAUCUUUGAAAUCAGCGCCUAAAUCUUCU